AUCGUUGACGAAAAAAACAAUGGUUAGUCCAACGGCAAAGUUAAUCGGGUUGAGAAGUCAUCACGAGCAAAUUCUUUACAAUGCUAUAAUUGUCACUGAGAUGGGUAUGGAUCUACGGGAUCGUGCCCAGGCUGGCGAGAAGUAUGUUUGCUACCUGAGAAGUUUAGCAGUGCGAGCAUCCAGGGCGAUCUCUAGCAUGCACAAUUCUGCAAAAACAUUUAUAAUGCUUAGUCAACGUUUUGUAAAGAAUGCCAUUCGUCACUUGAACUCGGUGCAGCCUAACGAUCAGAGCAUUCAAAGUCUUCGUCAGGAAUAUGAGAGACUCCUCGUUGUCCUGGAGAAGGAGUUGCUCGAUAUAGACGAUCUUGAGAACGUUGACGUUUCUCUGAAUAACGACCUGAACACUGUCAACCUUACUGCUAUUAACGAACGUUUACGUAACCUCGAAACAAGACAGAAAUUCACUGAACAGAAUUUCUCGUUACCACACUCCAGCAGUGCUCGCAGUUUCAAAUCGGAAGUUGAUGAGAAAUAUCCAGAGAAUUGGUCCAGAGAUUCUCUAAUUGAUCUCAGUAGUGUUGUUAACUUGCCACCGGUACCAGAAGAUAUAUUUACCAGUUUCUCAAAACCAGUCCGAAGCUCAAGUUUAUCUUCACUGAAGAGUAUUCGCAAGGUUAAGCUCUACUUGCAAAGAGCUGCCAACUCAGAGGACGAGGAGAGUGAGUAUGAUGAACAUGAGCUGUCCAUGUCUGAUGAACUGACGAGCAGCUCCGAAGGCGGGGAGACAAGAUCUGUAGCUAUGUCGGUUAAGAAAGGUGGAGGCUUGUGUAAUAUCAAGGAAGAGUCACUGCAGGAUCCAUAAUUAUAGAUUAUUCUAUAUAAUUGAGGAAUACAUCGAUA